AUGACCACUGCUAGCCAGUCUAUUCGAGGUUGUUUCCAAUGCACCAGACGACGCAUCGUUUGCGACAAGGGUGAGCCCAUAUGUCGCAAAUGCCAGAAAAAGGGAAUCGAAUGCUCAGGACUCGGGAGGUUUCGAUUCUACUCGGGCAGCUCCAUACGGGGAUUAUCGCAGGGAGAUCCAGUCCCCGUGACGCUACCAGAGCAAUUCCAAAGGCCGCAGCGCGAUAGCGCCGGGAAGCAAGUGCCUCUCAAUAUUCGCUGGAAAUCAGAUCAGCCGUCAAAAAAGACAAGACGGAAAAGAUCUAUACCCGCUGCAGGGACGACGGCUGAGCGAAGUUUGGAACAUUCCCAGCAGGGCCAGAUCGUUAUAGACGAACGUCAUUCUGGCGUACACGAUAACAUUUCAAGCCCUGCACUUGAUGUCUCGCUAGCGACUCCCAUGUUCGAUGCGUCCUGGGGAAUUCCAGACAUAGGGGCCGACGAGGAUGGCUUUGUCAAGAAAGCCAGCUGUAGCGACGAAGUUGCUCAGGCCUCUAUCUCGAGCACCAUAGCGCCUUGGAUUCCUCCCCUGAACCCUCAAACUCGGAUGUUUCUUUCUCACUUUGCCGAUGAAGUUGCUCCCAACAUGGUCGUCCUAGACAAGAUCUCGAAUGGGUAUCGCGAGAUUCUCCUACCGUUAGCCUUUCAUGACGAACUAUUAUUGCAAUCAGUGUGCGCAGUAGCGGCACAGCACCUAUCCCUCCGACAUGCCAGCUUCAGGCGGAUCGCAGAGUCUAGCCGUGCGGCCAUCAUAUCGCGGCUCCGACGUGACGCCUUCCAAGAGCCAACUGAACGUCUGUUUAGUGCCUUCACAUGGGCUACCUUGAUUGUAUUGUUAGUCGGCGAGACCAUUACUGCCAGUCCCGAGUACACACACUUGCUCCAGAUGUUGUUCUGCAUGGCAGGGAAUACAUCGACUAUGGCAAUGAGUCCUGUCAACCAAUUUCUAACCCAGCAAACGCACAUGUUUCAAUUUCUCGGGCAGCCGUUCUUGGGCGAAAAUCAGGGAUUGGAUAUGUUUCGUCGCCCCCUGAAUCUCUUUCUCGACUGGACAUACUACGAUCUCCCUCCGGAAUCUACAUAUACACAGUCUCUUGGAUUUAUACGAGAAUCCUUCAUCAAAGCUUCUCAAAUAUACAUUGGACGGGCAACUAACGACGAAGAUCAAUGGAUGCACCUUGAGGCGCUAAAACAGCUUGUAUCCUGCAUCCAUCCGGACGAGCAGGGUUCUCACGCCCUUGUCUGGGUGUGUUUCAUAGGGGCUGCAGAUAGCACGACCCUCGAUCACCGGCAGUUUUUCACCAGCCGCAUGGAGAGCGUGUUCCGUAAGACGGGAUUUCAAAACGUCGCUGCCGCUAUACGGUCAUUACCGGCAAUUUGGUCACAGAAGGACUCCGGUCGGUGGACAUCUAGCCUUAUCCGCACAAUUCCGGCUUUGAUUAUGUGA